AGAAAUGAACCCAUCUAAAAUAAAAGGGCACAAUAAAAACCCUAGCUCGCCCUUCGCUUCCCAUUAGGGUUUUUAUUCUUCUCCUCCGCAUCGCACACAAACACUUUCUCUCUCUCUCCCCUUCUUCCUCAUUCGGCUGCUACUCCCAACUCACAGAAAUGGCGCCGGAGAAGAAGCUUUCGAACCCUAUGAGGGACAUCAAGGUCCAGAAACUUGUUCUUAACAUCUCAGUUGGUGAAAGUGGUGAUCGUCUCACCAGAGCUGCAAAGGUUUUGGAGCAACUCAGUGGUCAGACUCCUGUUUACUCCAAAGCCAGGUACACUGUCCGAUCCUUCGGUAUCAGACGUAAUGAAAAGAUUGCUUGCUACGUGACUGUCAGAGGUGAGAAGGCAAUGCAGCUACUUGAAAGUGGUUUGAAGGUCAAGGAAUACGAGUUGCUGAGGAGGAACUUCAGUGACACCGGUUGCUUCGGUUUUGGUAUUCAAGAGCACAUUGAUCUUGGAAUUAAGUAUGAUCCUUCUACUGGUAUCUAUGGUAUGGACUUCUACGUUGUGCUCGAGCGUCCCGGUUACCGUGUGGCUCGUCGCAGAAGGUGCAAGGCCCGUGUUGGAAUCCAGCACAGAGUUACCAAGGACGAUGCCAUGAAGUGGUUCCAGGUCAAAUACGAAGGAGUUAUCCUCAACAAGGCCCAUAAUAUUGGUUCUUAAGCUUUUGCUAGCUUAUCUCUUAUGUUAAAACUUUUGGUAUCUUAGCUUUUAUCCCAGUACGGCUAAAUUGCAUUAUUAGUGAAAAAGGGUUCUUGACGAUUUUGUAGUUUGUUUCUUGUACUGCUGGAUCAAUGGUUCUAGAAUUUUUGAAUUUAUGUUGCGUUAAUUAUACUAUCUUUACCAUGA